AGUAGGCGCGCCCUCGACUCAGCGUCAGGAAGUGGGGGCGGUGGGAGGAGUAGGACGCGUAGGUCCUGCUCAUGACUCCGCAGCGGCUGCAGUCGCGGCAGCAUCGGGACCAGCCGCGCAGCCUGCGCGGCUGUCCUUUCCGCUUUUUCUGCGCCGGUGUUCGAGCAGCGCCAAGCACGCUUCAGCACCUCGGACAGCGCCCGCCGCCCCUGCCCCGGGCUCCAGGAGGCCCCGCGGGUGCUUUGCCGCGCCGGGGGCCCGCGGGUGGUACCUCGCGAGGUCGUCGCUCUCGUGCAACCCAGCACUAGGCCCGCCGUGCCCGGAGCUCAUGAACACCAUGCACUUGCUGACAUUCGCCCUGCUUUUCUCCUGCUCCUUCGCCCGCGCCGCCUGCGACCCCAAGAUCGUCAACAUCGGUGCAGUGCUGAGCACGCGCAAGCACGAGCAGAUGUUCCGCGAGGCUGUGAACCAGGCCAAUAAGCGACAUGGCUCUUGGAAGAUACAGCUCAACGCCACCUCUGUCACCCACAAGCCCAACGCCAUACAGAUGGCCUUGUCAGUGUGUGAGGACCUCAUCUCCAGCCAGGUCUAUGCUAUCUUAGUGAGUCACCCGCCCACCCCCAACGACCACUUCACACCCACCCCUGUCUCGUACACAGCUGGCUUCUACAGAAUCCCUGUUCUGGGACUGACUACUCGAAUGUCCAUCUACUCUGACAAGAGCAUCCACCUGAGCUUCCUACGCACCGUGCCACCUUACUCCCACCAGUCCAGCGUCUGGUUUGAGAUGAUGCGUGUCUACAACUGGAAUCAUAUCAUCCUGCUGGUCAGUGAUGACCAUGAGGGCCGGGCAGCACAGAAGCGCCUAGAGACAUUGCUAGAGGAGCGGGAAUCCAAGAGUAAAAAAAGGAACUAUGAAAACCUCGACCAACUGUCCUAUGACAACAAGCGCGGACCCAAGGCAGAGAAGGUGCUGCAGUUUGACCCAGGAACCAAGAAUGUGACGGCUCUGCUGAUGGAGGCGCGGGAACUGGAAGCCCGGGUCAUCAUCCUUUCUGCAAGCGAGGACGACGCUGCCACCGUAUACCGCGCAGCUGCGAUGCUGAACAUGACCGGCUCUGGGUACGUGUGGCUGGUGGGGGAGCGCGAGAUCUCAGGGAACGCCCUGCGCUACGCUCCUGAUGGCAUCAUCGGACUUCAGCUCAUCAACGGCAAGAAUGAGUCGGCCCACAUCAGUGACGCCGUGGGCGUGGUGGCUCAGGCAGUUCAUGAGCUCCUAGAGAAGGAGAACAUCACUGACCCGCCGCGGGGUUGCGUGGGCAACACCAACAUCUGGAAGACCGGACCACUGUUCAAGAG